ACCAGCCAAAAGCACUUAAAUAUCAGCGGAGGGGAUGACGCCAUAUAGCGUCGCGACGCGCGGCGUCCGAUUUAGUUUCUACUCGACAUCACAUCGAAGUUUCAAAGUCACACGCCGUCAAUUCGGAAAAGUCAUCGUCGUCGAGGAAAUAAGUCCAACAACAAAAUGCCGAGUCGCAACAAGGAACAGGAAGCUGAAGUCCUCGCUUGGAUCGAAGCUGUACUGGGCGAGAAAUUACCACCUGGAAACUACGAGGACAUUCUGAGAGACGGUGUGAUUCUUUGCAAUUUAAUCAACAAACUUGCGCCCGGAUCAGUUAAAAAGAUUCAAACUAAGGGUACCAAUUUUCAGCUCAUGGAAAAUAUUCAGAGAUUCCAAGCGGCAAUCAAAAACUAUGGCGUCCCGCAAGAAGAAAUUUUUCAGACUGCGGAUCUUUUCGAAAGACGUAAUAUCCCUCAAGUCACCCUUUGUUUGUACGCGCUAGGAAGAAUUACGCAAAAGCAUAAUUGGACCGGACCAAGUUUAGGACCGAAGAUGGCAGAUGAGAACAAAAGAACCUUUAGUGAAGAACAGCUUCGUGCCAGCGAGGGUCACCUGAAUCUUCAGAUGGGAUACAAUAAAGGUGCCAGCCAGGCUGGUCACGGCGGUUUUGGAAAUACUCGACAUAUGUAAAUUUUUUUUUAGAAACAAAUUAAUGCGUGUGUAUCAUAUGCAUGUAUAACGACUGGAUGGUCAGACCAUCGAACAUGGAGUAUGAUACAAUAAAAACAUUGGAAUAAUCGUA